GGCAGCGCGGCGAGCGGGGAGCGCCUUGGUCCCCGCCGCCUCCCACCCUGCCGCCUCCGUCGCCGCCGCCUCCGUGGGCCCCUCCGUGUCUGCGCAGCUCUGCCCGCGGCUCCCGGAGGAGCAGCGGAGCGCGGGGCCCGGCGCGGGCGCGGGGUGCGGCCAUGGCGGACGGUGCGGGAGCAGGCGCGGCGGGCCAGGCUUCGGGACCGUCCGGGGGCUCGAGUGGGGCCGGCGGCCCUGUCAAUCCCGCUUCGCUGCCUCCGGGAGACCCGCAGCUCAUCGCUCUCAUAGUGGAGCAGCUCAAGAGCCGUGGGCUGUUUGACAGCUUCCGCCGGGACUGCCUGGCCGACGUGGACACUAAGCCAGCUUACCAGAACCUAAGGCAGAAGGUGGAUAAUUUCGUGUCAACACAUCUGGACAAACAGGAAUGGAAUCCUGCAAUGAACAAGAACCAGUUGCGAAAUGGGCUGAGGCAGAGCGUGGUUCAGUCAGGUAUGUUGGAAGCAGGAGUGGACAGGAUCAUUUCCCAAGUGGUAGACCCCAAACUAAACCACAUCUUCAGGCCACAGAUAGAGAGAGCAAUCCAUGAGUUCCUGGCUGCCCAGAAAAAAGAAGCUGUGCCGGCCCCGCCUCCAGAACCUGAAAGCCAGGACCCUCCAGCACCAUCCCAGGAUGCUUCCUAAGAAUUUGCCUGGUACCUUUGGAAAGCUUUACUUAAGCAAUGGACUCCUGCUUCAUACGAAUACAACUUUAGUCGGCCAUGUCAUUACUGAUGUCAAGAUUUUGGCCUUGACUGCGGUGGUGUCCACAUCAGAUGGAGAGCAAGUUUGGUGGUGGGACAGUUACCCGUACUUGCUCAUGGAUUGUGUUACCUUUGACCGGCCUGUUGAAGGGUGUGACCCUAGUAGACACUACAGAGGUUUAAGCACUACAGUGACAUGGGCUGUCCUGAACGAACUUUUAUACUUGAACUCAGACACUGCAUGUGGAUAUCAGUGCUGGCAUUUUGUGGUAUACAGAAGCCAGGCUGGAGGCUAGCUGGUCAGGACAGCGAGGGUCAGUGGGAGCAGCUGUUUGAUGGUGGGUUUUGAUAUGCUAGAGUUACAGACUGCAGCGUGUGGCAGUUAGCAUCAGUAGCCUUAAGGUUGUUGUGACCUUCCUGUGCUUGGGAAUCUUAAUGGUUUCCUUUCCUUGUUGGAGCCCUGGAGUGAGUGAGGAAGCUGAGACUUGGGGUGCAUGGAAAGCUGCACAGCUUCUGUCCUGGCACCUCCCCAUCCGCAGGGAUGAGUCACUCUGGGUGCCGUGCUCAGUUCUCAUGUUUGUGUUUUUAGAAAAAAAACUGCUAAUAAAUAGUGGAUGUUUUACAAUAAAGUUGUUUGACGAUCUUUCCCUAAAACCUCAA